UUAAUAAUUAUUCAACAGCAGUAUCUUUAACCGUUUGUUCGCACACAUAAAGUGGAAAUAUUGUAUAGUAUGCGACUUAGGUUUGCCCCUACAUCUUUGGCUUCUUGGAGGUUUAACAUCACGCGAAAUGCCAUGGAAGCUGUGUUGUGGGUUCGAACUGUGGAAGACUACAAAAGGGACUACAAAGAAAAACACGAAAAACAAAGUUGCAAUUGCAAAAGACGAAGAAUUGAAUUGCGACGAAUCUAAGGCUAUGUCCGAUCAACGCGACGUUCAAGAUAUUUUCACAAAUCAAGUGAUGUUGUAUCUUGCUGGGUAUAUUGGUCACGAAUGGGAGUUGUUGGGCUUCAACCUCGGACUAAGCAGGGACGAAGUUGCCCAGGCCGCCGCAGCUAACAGAAAUGAUAAUAAAAAUAAGGUUCACCAGAUGUUGAUGACGUGGCUCAAAAACAACCAAAGUAAUCACAGACGAUAUGAAACUUGCGUGAGAGCUCUAGAAACGAGCGGAAGGAAGGAUCUAGCCCAGAAAAUACAUUGUGCAAAGUGGUCAGAACAAGAAUUCAAGAAAGUUGAAAUGCCAACGGCAUUUCCCAUGCUUAUUAGAAUUGAUAAGGUUCGACCAAAGAAGCAGAGAAUGAAAUACCCUAAAGUCAAUGACCUAAAUCCGUCGACUGGGCCUCUAGUGCAUUCACAUGAUGCAAAAUUUAUUGUAGUUGGAUAGAUGCUUUAUUAUUUCAAUUCAACUACAUUUAAAGCAGUUCACCAUCAGCAUAGAUGUAAUAAAUAUUCAAAAA